AUGGGUCAAACUAAUUCUGUUGAUUCGCAGUUGGCUCGAAGACCUCCUGCUCGAAGCAGAUCUACCACUGUAAAAGUGCAACCAACAACACCGAAAAAUUUUACGACGCCAAGAAUGAGCCUGCCGGAAUAUACGUUGACUCACUACGACGUGAAGCUGUUAAUGAAAUCCUAUCGCGAAACGUUGAACAAAGAAAAUCGAAUGGCGAGUUCUUUUGGAAGCGAGCUGGAAGACGAGAUAAUGGACCAAGUUCGUGGACAGUUCACCGCAUCCAGAGCAGCGCUAAAAUCGACGACAUCGAAUGCGUCCGAGGAUUCUGGUAUCGACGAUACGCCACACUCGCCCAGACUGUCAAUAGAUGAUCUCCCAACUUUACCGUCCUAUGGAGUGAUUAUUGAACAGACAACACCUGUAGCAAACACACCAGUGACUCCUCUAGUCAUUCCGGAGCUUGCCUUCACUGCACCUGCGGACGAGAUCCCUCUUGAAGAGGUCGCUGCUGUAGUUGUAACAAAAUCUGACAUAAUCACACCAAACGGUGAUAUCAUUAUGACAGAGAUAGAUGAGAUUAUUCGUCCAAAGAGACGAUUCCUUCCGAAAAGACUAUUCGGCAAGAAGAAGCGAAAUUUGGAAAGAAGACGAACGAAAUCUCUUGGAGCACAGGAGAUCCAAGCUUCGAAAGGCGAAAGGCCGGCGCCACUCUUCGGAUCAUCCUUGCUAAACCGAGAAUGGGAGCUUGUAACGGUACGCGAAAUGUGCCGUCGGCUUUCGCUCGACGAAAUAGAACAACUGGAGAUGCCAAUACCAGAGGGAGCAUCACAAUCGCAAAUUUUGGACGAGUUAAUGAUCCGACAGAUCAUGGAAAUUCUACCGCCUCGUGCAGAAGGCUAUCCAUGGGUGAGCAUCUACAACUCGGAAAAGCAUGGUUUUUCGUUGACAACAUUGUAUAGAAAAAUGAUCGAAUUCGAUGAGGACCUCUCACCAGUACUGCUUAUUGUUCGCGACACUCGUGAACAUGUCUUUGGAGCAGUUGUCUCGGGAGCCAUCCGACCAUCGGAUCAUUAUACCGGCACGGGAGAUUCAUGCCUACUAUGGCGAUUCCUCGGUGAAGCUCCGCACACGAGAGAUUUGCGGCACUACGGUUGGACUGGAGACAACCAGUUCUUUGUUAAUGCUGCAAAAGAUUCCCUGUCGAUUGGAGCAGGAGGUGGACACUAUGGUUUAUGGCUAGACGCUGACCUAAACCAUGGAAGAUCACAACGAUGUGAUACAUUCGGUAACGAGCCACUUGCCGGCGAAAAAGAAGACUUCAUUGUGCAAUUCAUUGAAGCUUUUGGCUUCCGAAUGUAA